GGCAUCUAUGGGCAAAGGGUAGGGGAGGGCAUUGCAGGCAGGGCUGGAGUGGGGGGGGCAGUGAAACAGCACUGCCUUUAGAAGCAUCCCCAGCACUGAGCAGAGGACAGCCUUUAGCUCAGAGCUCCAAUUGGCCACAGCUCUGUCUGCCUUGGGUGAAGGUGCUUGGGUGGGGGCAAUGCUCAUUGUGGAGACAGCAGAGACCCUUCUGGCCUGCAGAUGAUUCAUUCUCAGAUCCCAGCACUGGAGCCUGAGCCGGGACCCCCACGAGGCUGGCUCUGAAUGGACAGAAGGGUCUGGAGACACAGCUGAGGGCUGACCAGCUGAACGGACUGCAGAAGGAAGAGGGCAGCGACUAAGACUCCAAAGGAGAAAAGUUAGAUUCUAGGCAGCCCUUCUUCCUAAGUCCUAGGGCCAAAGGCAGGGGCAUGCCCCACAGUGAGCUAGUGGGCCAACGGGCCAAGGGCUGAGGAACCCACCCAAACUGUCUUCCUGCUUUCCAAAGACUUGCCAAGGCCAAGAAGAUGUCUGAACCUGAAAUGGAGGCAGAAGUGGAGGAUGGGGUGUCUGACACUUCACCCAUGCUGCCUGGGCCCCCCUCGCUCCGCCUGAGAGCUCCCCAACUUCGCCCAGAGCCUCUGGGUCCUGCCGGUCGCUGCCUCUGGGCGCUGAUGCUGGCCACUGCCAACCUGACCCUCCUCCUUCUCCAUCUGCUGCUGCCCAUUGCUGUGUUCUCUCUGGCCCUGCUGCCUUCUGCUGCUGUGGUCUACCUGGGUUUCCAUUGUCACUCCAGGGUGCUACGCUCGGACUCCCGCCGGUGCCGGGCCCUGCUGGAUGACCGCAGCUCCUCGGCGCUCAUCGUCCUGGGCUUCCUGACGCUGCCUCCUAUGCUGGUGCUGGCCUCAGCUGCCUAUGGCCGCCUGCUCCGCCGCCUGUGCCCGCUGCUGCCGCUGCCGCCACCGCCCUGGGUCUCGGCCUGCUCCAGGGGUUCCUCAGCUAAAGUCCAGGGGAGCUGCAUGGAAGCCCAGAGCCGAUGGGAGGGCGACUUCCAAGCCCGAGAGUGGGUGUGAGCCGGGUCUUAGUCACCGAUCAUCACUCUGCCCCAAGGACACCCCCCCAACUCCAGGCCAUGGGAUCCCCAAACCACUUCAGUCCACCCCAACUCGACCCUGAUGCUCUGUUCCCUGAACCCCUAGGGUCUUGCCUUUCCUGUUCUGGGGGUCCUAGGAGACCCCUCUCCGGAAGAGACUCAGAGUUCAGAAUGCAGGUCUUUCCCUCCCCAGAAGACCCUAGUGGCAAACCGUCAGGCUCCUCCCAAACGUUCCCAACUGAAAAUCCCAGGGUUCCCCUCCCCCAAAGCCCCCUGCUUGGCAGCAAGAAGUCACACACUUGGGAACCUCAGGAGGUCCGAGAGCCCUGCCCUUGAGGGACUCUGAACCUCACUGCUGACCAAGCCCCCAAGUUCCUCAGAGAUUCCCCAAUCCACCUCGGACCCCUUGGGUUUCCUGGCUGGUCUCUGCCAGAACAGACACAAGACCAGAAGUCUCUCCAUCCCUGCCCACUGGGCCCCAGACUUAGCUCCUCCAGCCCAGCUGUCCACCUUCCCCCCAAGUUCCAGAUCUCCAGGCCCUCAGCUCAGGGGCAUAGGUCCCAUCCCACCCUGGCCCUGGCCCCAGGGAGGACUCAGUGAAGCACCCUGGUUUACCCCUCAGAAACCUCUCCUUCCCUAGCACCCCUCCACCCCACCUGCUUGUCUGUUGUCUGCCAUGAGAGUCAAUAAAAUAGACCCCCAGGCCCAA